CCUGAAUUAUUAGCAAGAAAGCAUUUUACUGUAGGCCUACAGUGUGCACUUGAUCAAUAAACUUUGGUUUGAUUAGAAUACUAAUUAGUUUGAUCUCAAUGAGGACAUACCAUAGAGAUAGAUAGAGGACUCAUCAUGGAUAUAACCUGUUUAUGAAUGGACAUUGCCAUUGAGGUCUUCCACCAUUUUAAAGUAGUCAACUGGGUGGGGAAUCCUAUUGGUUGGGAGCAAUCAGCUAAUGAUCAGAGCAUUGUCUUCUUCUUCAAAUUGGGUGUUAUGGUUUGUAAAUGGCUUUAACCUAUAUAACCGCCAUCGAGUGGCCACAAUAAAUGAAUAACACAAGAUUUGGUUCAGGACUCCAGCACUACAGGUGGCAGCAAAUAACCAAUAUUAGCUUUACACUUUUUUUUUAAACACAAAAGAAGAAAACUGACUACUUUAAAAUUGAGGUAGCCUAAAUACCUAUGACUGUAUAUAUGAAUAGACAAAGCCAUCGAUCACGUGACAACAUUAAUUCCUAUGUGAAUACUCAAUAGCACAUUGAAGCCAAAUGAAGUCGGUUAAGAUGGCAUCUCAAGGAGACAUAGUAACCGAAAGGUUGCAAGGUCGAAUCCCUGAGCUGACAAGGUAAAAAUUUGUUGUUCUGCCCCUGAACAAGGCAAUUAACCCACUGUUCCUAGGCUGUUGUUGAAAAUAAGAAUUUGUUCUUAACUGACUUGCCUAGUUAAAUAAAGGUAAAAUAAAAAAUAAACAUACACAGUUUGAGCUACUCCAAGAGGUCAUGUUGCAGUCUUGGUCAGUGCUGCCCCAUCUCAUUGAGUAACUCAAAUUGAAGGGAAACCGGGGUACUGCAGGCUGCAAUUAGUAACUAAAUUAUCCUUACCUUCUUCUGUGUGCGAUUUUAAAAUAAUCUGUUCAAGGACAUACAUCUGGUGUAUAAGAAGCAAUUAUUGGUACCAUGACUGUCUUCUAAAAACAUUUUUAUUUACACAAAGAUCUUUCCAUUCACUAUUGUGGGGGAUCCUGUUUUACACUAACAAUGCUUGCAGUAUCGCGGUUGGCCUUGAACUUCCAUUGCUUCAAUGAGAGGGGGCACUCAUUCCCCCUGGGCGCUGCCCAAGCGGUCACAGGCGCUAGUAGCCUAUAAUUGCUCUGAUACAAGUCCUCUAUCUAUCUCUGGGACAAGCGCCGAAGAAUGGACAGCGUUCCCGAGAUUCCAAUCUUUACGGAGCAAUUUUUUUGACAGAAAUCAGACAUUCAUAAGUCAAAUAAAUAACAUAGUAAAAUCACAACCAGUACAGUUUUAGUUCCCGAAUCCGGGCCUUUGUCAUGAUGACGAUAACGUAGCACUCUACUACUUAACUGCAGUGGCAGAUUCAUAAACCAUAAGUCAUUACGACACACGUUUUACGCCUGAAGGGGUGUAAUCAUUAGUGCACACCUGAGUAAACAGUUGCCAAUACAAAACGUUUUCCAUAGAAAACAAGAGUUUCUAUUGGGCAAAUGUAGGUAGGUCACUACCAAUGAUGUGCGUCAUUGGUCAGUUCCGUUCGCUUUUGUUGGCUCUUUGGUUUCCAGCUAGUAAAUACAGCCCAGGUGUAACACACCCUGAAUAUAUUGCCCAACCCGCUUACCAUGGUAUGCGGCACUUGGCCUACUCUUGGCUGAAAAAGGAGGCCGACCGCUGUCAUGAAAAUGUGUUUGUUUUUUAUCUUUACGGUCCAAAAUGCUAUCCACAUGCAUAUGAAAAUGGUAAAAGCAUAGGCUUAAAAUAUAUCUCCAAUGAUUUUCACUGAAUUCAGAUACUUCCCUUGUACAGCAAGGCAUCAAAGCAUAAAGGACAACACGAGGAAAGUAGGCUGGUAAAGAUGGAUAAGAGGAGCGGUCUGCGCCUGUGUCACUUUGGGACAGCCAGGCGAAGGCGAUGGUGGGGUCUGAGGAGAAGAUGGAUUUACAUUUACAUCACAUUUACAUUUACAUGGAGGAUGCUAGGGGUGUUUAAGACCAACCAGGAACAUGACUUAUACAGCCUCACCUGUCUUAUGAAAGAGGGCCUGCAUGCUGUCCUACAGACCAGCACCAACACAACAGUACCUGGUAAACUUUCUGCUGAACAUUACAAAUCGGCGGAGACUCAAGUCCACAAGGACUUGGAGAUGCAGACGUUUGCAGGGCCUGUGUUUGCCGGCCUGCGGCGGUCCCUGGAUAUAACAGAGGAGGAGUACCAGAGGUCCCUCUCUUCAGACGGCUGCUAUCUACAGUUCAUCAGCAACUCCAAGAGCAAGGCUGACUUCUUCCUCACGAAUGACAAGAGGUUCUUCCUAAAGACACAGAAUACGCGGGAGGUUAUGUUUUUCCUAUCCAACCUGAAGGCAUAUAUGGAUCAUUUGGAGAAAUACCCCCACUCCCUGAUGGUCAGGUUCCUGGGGCUCUAUAGCAUUCAAAUUCCAAAUAAAACAAAGAAGUAUUUCAUUGUGAUGCAGAAUGUGUUUUACCCGGACGAGAGGAUUAAUACCAGAUAUGACAUCAAGGGAUGUGAGGUGGGUAGGUGGACUGACCCUGCAUCUACGGGAAACCCAGUUACUAAGAUUCUGAAGGAUAACAACUUUGAAGGAAAGCACAUCAUUCUGGAUAAGCAGCGCUCCUGGCUUGUGGAUCAGGUUGAAAUAGACUCGGCCUUCCUCCGUAGCCUCAAUGUGCUUGACUACAGUAUCCUGCUGGCCCAUCAACCCUUGCACCAAGAUGAGCUGGACAGGAAUCACUCCUUUAGUAACCUGACUAUGCGCACUGUAAAGUCCAUGGACCAAGACAGUCCCGCAGAGGAAGAUCCCCCCACUAUUCCGUUGUUGGAGGGGUACUCUGCUCGACUGGCAUCAGAUACAAUAGACAGUGGGUCAGACCACAUCCAGAAUACAGGGGAACACUCUGGCCAUGGAAUCCCCCUCCAGGAGAUAAACCUACACUCCGUAAACUGUACAGAAGCAGAACUCCUGGAGUUCCAAGCUCAUCACCGUAGGCUGCUGCCUAAUUUAAAAAACUCUGUGCAUGUCAUAGACGGACCAAAGCUGCGCUACUUUGUGGGUAUUGUAGACUUUUUCACUGUGUACGGUGUGAAGAAAAGGCAGGAGAACCUGUGGAAGAGUCUGCGCUUCCCUGGCAGAGCCUUCUCCACUGUCAGCCCAGCUACCUACUCCCAGAGGUUCUGCCAGUGGGUGAAGGACCACACCAAGUAAAACAGGGACACUGAAGCCCAUUGAAAGACACAGAAGAGACUGUCAAGUGAAUAAUCAAACUUGUUUUGUGAACAGCAUGAACAGUAGGUGGCACCAAAUAGCUUCUGUUGCAGUGGUAGCCUGUUUUUUUAAAUAUAUAUAUCUAGAGGAAUUUUACAUUAGUGACAUGUCCCCCAAACAAUUAUGUGGCAGGUUUCUCAAAAAUCAUGUAUGAAUGUGUAUAAAAUGUAUUGGAAUAAGUCGUGACUAGAGAAUCAAUAAUAAAACCUGUCACUGCAUAAGAAACCACAAA